UGUGAUCAUUCUCAAGGUUUGAAGUUUGAUUCCCAACCAAAACAAAUUUAUUCUAAAAUAUGAAAUACCUUGUAGAAUGUUGUAGAAAAUAAUCAAUAUCAUUGAAUUAUUGUUACUGAACCUUCUAAAAAUCUUCAAAUUUUCAUUGUCUGGCUUGUCUGCUUACAAUGGCAAACGAUAGAGAAGUACUCCGAGAAAUAUGGGACGGAAAGUUGCCUAUUUGUUUUCAGCUGGAUCAAGAAGAAAUUAUGGAAAUUCAGCAACCCGACCCUUUCUACGUAAUGGUGCCGCGACUUAGUUACUUUCCUCUUGUUACAGAUAAGAUGAAAAGACAUUUCUUGCGUUACAUAUCUCAAGAGAACGCAGAUAAUGAAAUGUGGAUAGACUAUAAUGGACAACCAUUGAAGUGGCAUUACCCUAUUGGUUUCCUGUAUGAUCUGUACUGUGGACAUGACCCUCAACUGCCUUGGACUUUAACUAUUCACUUCUCCAAGUUCCCUGAGGAUGUCCUCCUACACUGUCCUAAUAAAGAUGUUGUUGAAGCCCAUUAUAUGUGUACUGUGAAGGAAGCAGAUGUGUUGAAACAUAGGGGACAAGUGAUGAGUACAAUGCAAAAGAAAGAUCAUAAUCAGCUCUGGUUGGGUUUGCAAAAUGAUAAGUUUGAUCAGUUCUGGGCUAUAAACCGAAGACUUAUGGAGUCUCAUGGAGACAAUGAAGGAUUCAAGCAUAUUCCAAUUAGAAUCUACACUGAUGAUGGCUCCUACAGCCAGAAGCUUGUGAAUCCAAAGAAUGCAGAUGGAAGUAGGAAAAUAUUGCAGCAGAUGCUACAGGAGUUGUAUCCUGACAAGCCUGAUGUGAAAUUGAGAACCCAUGGCAUUGAAAUUCCAACAGAUACACCACUGCAAUGGCUCUCGGAACACAUGAGUUACCCGGACAAUUUUCUACAUCUUUGUGUGUGUUAAAGUGUAAAUUCUAAUGCCACCAGUUUUGAAUUAAUUGCAUAAAUAAUUUAAAUAAACACAAGAUGUUAUACUUACACACAUUUAUUUUGUUAUUAUUUAAUAAAAAAUGUUAUUUACAAUGUAUAUCCAGUUAUCAAUAUUAUGGCCCAUGAUGUAAGUAACUUAAUUAGUGUAUGUACAUAUGUACAAGUUUGAUUUCUAAAACAAUGAACCUUGCAAUCAUAAUGAUAAGGGAUAGGAAGUUUAUUCAGAUAUUAUGUAAUUGAUUGAAAAUAAAAACCAGCAUAAAAAUGUGACUAGUUUAAAAAGAUACAGGGUUUCUACAAGUUUUAAAAAGUUGUAUUAACCAAUUAACCACUUGCUGAUGUUUUGAACAUGCAAGUUUCACAUUGAUUAGGUAUAUUCAGGUAGGUACAUUCCAACCACAAUGGAAUAGCCAAUUCUGAAUUGGACUAUCUUGUUAAAAGCUAUUAUCACAAUAUCAACCUAUACAUAUUAUAUUUACAUUACUUUUUACAAUAAUACACUAGCAACCAGAAAUAAAAAUGACACAACUGUUGUGAACUAAAGAUAACAUGCACAGAUCAAUGUGACCUCUUCUUUUGAAAUAGAUUUUUAAAAGGUCAAUAACAAUACGGUUAGAACUAGAUGGAGAGUCAAUGCAAAUGGAAUUUCUCAACCAACUUUCCAGGUGAGCU